AUGAGGGGCCCCGGGCGGAGCGGCUACGCGGCGCGCGUCUCGCUCUCCGACUUCUCCUCCUCGGGCGUCGAGUAUCUCAACCUCGCCGACACGAACUCCAACCUGAAGGGAUUCUGGGGCGGCUUCGUCACUGCCGCACACGCCUACUACGUGCCGUACUUAAACAGCGGCGCGUUCCACGGCUACGCGGCGCGCGUCUCGCUCUCCGACUUCUCCUCCUCGGGCGUCGAGUACCUCAACCUCGCCGACACCAACCCCAACCUGAAGGGUUUCAUGGGCGGCUUCGCCACUGACGCACACGCGUACUACGUGCCGACCUACAACGGCGCGCCAAACUACCACGGCUACGCGGCGCGCGUCUCGCUCUUGGAGGAGGGCUCGCACGUGCCGGGCGAGGAUCUCUUCGACAUGGGCGUGUAUCGGUGCCCUGUUCCUAACUGCGGCAAGUGGUACGCGACCGUGGGGAGCAAGUGCGGGCUCUACCAGCACCUCGUUCAGUGCGACUCAAAGUUCCGCGGCGAGAAAGGCGACCAGCGGUGGCAGGGCGGGAGGGAGGGGUUCAUGCGGCAUCUUCAGCAGCAGGCCGAGGUCGGCUCCCCCGCCCACUACUUCCGCACUGUCUGCUAUGGCGCGCGCAAGGAGCGAACGCCGGAUCGCCUGCGGGGCAGGCACACGGAUUGGCUGGCCGCGGUCGCAAAGGCGAGGGCCAAGAGGGCAGCGGAUGACGGCGGGAGCUCCGCCGCCACCAGCGCCGAAGCACGCCGACGCGCCAAGGCCUCGUCGGACGCAGCGCGCAAGGCGGCGUUCCACGCCCGCGGCUCGCAGUACUUCAUCUCGAGCCCCGGCGUCAGAUACUCCUACGAGUGGCUCCGCCCCUGGGCCAACAACCCACGCCUUCUCGCGCAGCUGGACACCGUCCGUCGCCGCCGCCCACCCAAGAGAGCGCGUCGGGAGUGCUACGGCAUGCUCUACCACGGCGCCACGCUCCUGCGCGAUCACAUCAACACCCCGGACGCGGGGCUCUACGUCGCCUUCCAGAUCCUAUCCAAGAUGGUGACCAUCAACCAUAUCCGCGAGGGCGGCAAGGAGCGGACCAAGUCGGAGAUGCUAGGGCGCGUCCGGAUGGUCAAGCUGAAAUCCGGGGAGGGCCUCAUCAAUCCGGACGCGGGCGCAUCCGGAUCGCUCGUCGGCCUCCUUCUUGCUCGGCCAGAUGCUGGCGAGCCCGUCCGACUCUAUGUAGCGCUUUCCCCGCCGGCGCAGCAGCGCAAGCGGGGCGCGCCCACCUGCGCACUCGUUCGCGACUUUGCGAUUGGCGGGCACGACGGCGCGACCCUCGAGUUCGCGUCAGGCCGCUCCCGCCUGAUGGUCCAGCACCAGCUGUGCGUGCCGCUCAGCGAGAGAAAUUGCCUGCCGUCCGCGUGCCGCGAUUGGACGGACCGAUUCAACGCCGCCGGAGUCAACGACCGCUUCGUGUACCCGGCCGCAGUCACCGUCCAAGCCGCCGCCGACGCCAUGGCGCGGGCGGCGGCGGCCAGGGCGAAGAGUGCCUCGGGUGGCCACCGGCCAAGCAACAGCCUCCUCAGCAGCGGUAGCGGGGGCCCUCGGCUGUCCGCGCCUGCGAGCAGCACCCCCUUCAAGGCGGCGGCCCGCGGCGGCGGGGGCGGCGGAAGCAUGGCGCGCUGGCCCUCUCCGGGCGGCGGCGGCGGCGGAGGCGCCUCCCGCGGCUGUCCGUCCUGCCACAAGUGCUCCCCCCGCCAACGCGCCGCGCGCCUGGGUAUUGUAGGGUCGCCGGCGCGUGGCGUCGCCGCCGCGGCCGCCCCGCCACGCGCGGCGGGCGGCCGGGCGGGGCACGGCUCCCGGAUGAUGGCGGCGGCGACCGGAGCCGCUCGCAGCGGCGGCGGUGCGGCUGCGGCGCCGCUGCCGCAGCUGCACCAGCGCAAGAUUGAGGCGACCGGCGAGUACUCGGUGACGCGGCGCCCGGGUGUGGGCUUCGCGCGCUUUCCCGACCGCCGCCCGGAGAUGGGCGGCGGAGGCGGCGGAGGCGGCGGAGGCGUCGGCGGCGGCGGGCGGCGGGCGGCCGUGGUCCACUCCGGCUUCCGCAACCUCGGAAACACGUGCUACAUGUCGGCGGUGCUCGCGGCGGUCACCGCGCUGCCGUGCUUUGUGGACGACCUGCUCGAAGACGCGGUCAUGGAGCGGCUCGGCCGGUGCCUCCCCGAGGCGUCCGUCUACCGCGCCUUCCGCGAGGUUGCGCGCCAGGUGUGCGGGCUCCAGCCGAAGGCGGCGGGAGGAGGCGGCGGCGGCAGCAGCAGCAGCGGCGGCGGCGGCGGCGGCGGCGGCGGCGGCGGCGGCGGCGGCGGCGGCGGCGGCGGCGGCGGCGGCGGCCGCGUGGUGACACCGACAGGUCUGCGCGCAGCUGUCGGCGCGCGCGCGCCGCACUUCCGGGACCACUCGCAGCAGGACGCGGCCGAGUUCUUCGCCGUCGCGGUGGACGCCCUCUCGGACGAGAUGCGAGACAUGUCCGGGACACGCGCUCCUUUGAGGCCAGCCCUCACGGCUGCGGGUGGCAGCGGCCGGGCGGGCGCAGAGGAGGGCGAGUCGACGCUGCCGGUGCCGCAGAACUUCGGGGGUGAGGUGCUCAAGACGAUGCGCUGCUUCAAGUGCGGGCACGAGUGGCGGCGGUGCGAGCCCUUCUCCUCGCUCUCGCUCCAGCUGCCGGCGCCCGCGCCCGGCGGCCGCCGCGCGCCGCCCUCGCUCCAGUCGCUGCUCGAGGAGCACCUGGCGCCCGUGACGUGCGAGCGGUGCGGCCAUGCGUACGCGGCGCUCACGCAGCACGUGUCGAAACUGCCGCGGCUGCUGCCGCUCCACCUGAUGCGCUUCGACUACUCGAGGGAGCGGCGUUCAAACACGAACGUGACGUUCGGCGUUCCCCGUGGCGUAGGCCACCGAGCGACGACGCCGGCGACGGGCGGCGGGGCGGAGCACGGCAGGAAGCGCUCCCUCGCAAUCACGGGGCCGUCCCCGCACGGCGGCGGGGGCGGCGGCGGCGGGGGCGGGAGUGGCGGCGGCGGCGGCGGCGGCGCAGUGGGCCACCGAGGCGCGGAGUUCCAGCGCGGAGGAGGCGGGCACCACCAGCGCGGCGGACGCCACGGCGCGCCGACGUCUGCGGAGGCGGAGCGGGCGAUGCUGGACGCCGCGCUCGCAGCGUCGCUGUCGGCCGCCGCCGCGCCGGGGGGAGGGCAGCAGUGGCGGCCGCCGGCCGGCGUCAUCCCCCUCGACGACGACGACGUCUCUACGUGGGACGUCUCCUCUGAGGCCGCGGCGGUGGGCGGCACGGGCCGUGGGAAUGGCCGCCGCAAGCGCAGCCGCGAGCAGGAGGAGCAGGAGGAGCAGGAGCAGUUGGACGCCGCGAUCGCCGCGUCACUUGCCGACGUGCGCGGGGGUGCGGCGCCCGACGCUUCUCCGGAGGGCGAGGCGCGCUCGCCCGCGCGCGGGCCCGUGCCGCCCCCGGAGGCGUCCGCUGCCGACGCCGCCGACGGGGCGGGCUUGCGGCGCAGCACGGACGGUCUGGAGAGCAGGGUGGGCAAGCUGCAGCGGAUGGUGGCGCCCGCGGGCGGGCUGAGCCGCGAGCGCGUGAUCCGCGCGCUCGAAGACAACGGGCACAGCCUCCCCUCGGCGCUCGCCGCUCUGCGGGCGCAGUUUGCGGCGCAGGCCGCGGGCGUCGGCGCGUGCUCGCUCCUCGGCGUGCCUCGCUCGGACGCCGAGGUGUUGGCGGCGCGGCGCGCGGCGGCAAAGCUCGGCAAGGCGACGACGUACAGCCUGCGGGCCGUGGUGUGGCACCGUGGCGGCGACGCCUCGUUCGGCCACUACCUCGCCGACGUGCAGCGCGCGCGCGGCGCAGCGGAGUACUGGGAGCGCUACGACGACACUGCCGUCACGAGGCGCGCGGCCAUGAUCACGCCGGCCACGGCGGUCGGACCCCACGCGACCGCGGUGACCAACGGCUACCUCUUCUUCUACGUCUCGGACGGGCUGGGCCUGUGA